GGGCUAACUAGUUUAGGGCAGGGCGAUGGCGAUCAUCUCUGAGGUAGAGGAGGAGGCCGAGGUCCCCAAGCCCGUCGCCGCGGCUCCCCCGUCGGACUCCGGCAAUGCUGCUCAUGACAAGAUUUUGGAGGCGCUGCUCAAGGAGCACAAUGAUCAGCCGCUGGAGCUGCUCAAAACGGUAAUCGGCUUUCUCACGCGCCGCUCGGCCGCCUUCCCCGACGAAUACUUCGAGAGGCAGCUGUCGGAGAUCGUGUCUAGCGCCAAGAGGCGGCGCGUCGAUGGCAAGAAGAAGAAUGCGGUGCCGGUGCCCGAGGCGGCGCCGUCGCGGGAUUUCGAGAGCGAGCACAAGCAUAAGGCCACCGGCGGUGGAUCAAGUGGCAAGCAAUCGGCGUCGGCGGCUGUCCAGGAAACCAAGAACGAAGUCAAGGAAGUGGAGAGUUCUAACUCUACCGGAUUGAAGAUCAAUGCUGGAAAUGGUGCCGAUCUCGAAAAGUACUCGUGGACGCAAACAUUAAGUGAGCUGACGGUGCAAAUCCCCGUUGCAAAAGAGAUCAAGGCGCGAGAUAUCGUCUGUGACAUCAAGAAGAAUCAUCUAAAAGCUGGGCUCAAGGGUCAGCCGCCAAUUCUCGAGGGCGAUCUCUAUGCAUCCGUCAAGGUGGACGACUGCUUCUGGAGCAUUGAUGCUGGCGAUGGAAAGAAGGAAGCGGAGAAGUUCCUUUCUAUCCUCCUCACCAAGACGAACAGGAUGGAGUGGUGGAAAAACGUUGUGAAAGGCGAGCCAGAGAUUGACACUCAAAAGGUUGAGCCGGAGAACAGCAAGCUGGGGGAUUUGGACGCAGAGACUCGGCAGACCGUGGAGAAGAUGAUGUACGACCAGCGGCAGAAGGCGAUGGGAUUGCCAAGCUCCGAAGAACAGCAAAAGCAAGAGAUGCUCAAGAAGUUCAUGGCACAGCACCCGGAAAUGGAUUUCUCCAAGGCAAAAAUCUGCUAGAGUAGAGACCGUAUGAAUGUCUUUAGCAUGCCAAUUUCAUAGUUUUAAGCGAAUAUUCUAAGCCUUAAAACAUUCACUUUUCAAAUUUGGGCGAA